UCGGUCGGCUCUCCACGUGAAACAAAAAAUUUAAAAUAAAUCUUGUUCACUUCAGAAAUUCACUUACGGAUGUAAAUGUUGUGUGGUUUCGCUGUCAUAACCUAGUCAUGCAGAUUGACAAGCAUGUUGUAGAUGAUCUAAAACUGAAAGAUCAUAUCAUGAUUUGAAGAAUGUCUCUAGAAAUUCAAGCAGAUAUUGCAAAUUCAUUGCGUUUCCUUGAAUCAAGCAAGGCCACUGAACGGAAUAAACAUGCCAACAAAAUGAAAUGCUUUUUGGAAAAAACAACAGUAGUAAAAUUGAUUGAUAUAAACUCUGAUGUUGGCAAGAAAAAUGCCAUCACUUGGGAUUGUAUUCAAAGAUCUGUUCAAAAUUAUGUUGUAAAUGAAAUUAAAAUUUUAAAAGUGAACAAAUCAAGAACAUCUCAGUCAACUUUGAUUAAUAAUAAAGAAAAAAAGAGACAGGAGGCAAUAUCAUUUUUGAAAUAUGUCAUUAAGAUAGCAGACAACAGAGAUUUGAAUCGUUUAAAUGCAAAAGAUCUUGUUCAGCAUAUUUUACAUAUGUUAAAACACGAAGAUAAAGCAAUUGUUAUUGAUUAUCAAAACAUUUUAUUAAAACAUGUACUUACUUCAAAAAUAUAUUGCUGUGAAAUUUCAUCACUUUUAUGGAAAGAUUUGAUCUCAACUACUUGUACUCUUAUCACAUCAUGUAAUGGAGAACGAUCUGUUUCCAUGAAGACACUUAUGCAUAUCAUUUCGGCUGCUGCUGCUCAAGUUGAUUUGACAUCUACACAACUUUUUACAUUUUUUGGCAUGAUUAUUCAAGGUUUAAGUAAAGAAAAUAAUGCUCAAUUCUUGGAAUUUCUCCUCAAUGCUCUACUGACAUUUUCUAAAGCAGUAGCAAUUGAUUAUCGCUGUCAACUUUGUCAGCUUGGUGAAGAUAUUAUUCCACAUCUGUUGCAAGUUUGGAUCAAACCAAUACCUGCUUCUGUGAAGGAAAGUUUGGUGACAAUUCUAAAUUUACAAAUGAAGAUUCAUCAUCCACAUGGUGUCUGUGACGAAAAACAUGGCGCUUGGUGUUUCAAUUCUUCACAGUGGAAGAAAUGUCUUCUGAAGUUAUAUAAAACAAUUUCUUCGGAGAUCGAGCAAGCCAGCGGACGCGUGAGAGGACAAAAUAUGAAGUUGGAAUCUGGUCUUACAUCGUCUAUGGUCAAUCUUGCGUCACACGUGUGUCAUCAGCUGUUCUGGUUGCAAUCUAAAAGUCUUAUAUCAUUAGAGUCCAGUACAAUCGAAGAUUCCAAUUCUUUAAAGAGAAGAAAAAUUGAUAUAUGUUGGACAAGUUUAGUUGAUAUUUUCAAUAAUAGUCAAGAGACAUCAACUUUAUUAUCGUGGCUUCAGAUAGCAACAAAAAUCUUGUCGACAUUCCCAGGAUCACUUCCCAGCGAAGAAUACGUUCCCUUGAUUUGUUCACUCUAUAAAUUACAGGUUGAGAGUAAAAGGGUUGAAAUAAUUCUAGCCGUCAUGACAUGUGAAAAGCAUUUCGCCUCUCAGCAUUGCCAUUUGCCUGAAGUAAACAUUGAAAAUGCUAUCGUAAAGACAACUUGGAGCAACAUUUGGAACAGUACUUUAAGAAAUUGUUGUUCUCACGCGUUACAAGAUGUUAGUUUUCAGCUUUUAGAAGUUAUUGUGAAGGAGAAACUUGUAAAUGCUGAUUUAGAACCAUGGAAAUUACUGACAAAUUCCGUUUGUAGUUCUUCACAUGAUUCCUUAAACUUUAUCUGCACGUACAUCACAGCGUUUCCUCUGCCAGAACAUUUCAACCUGUCAAACAACAUUUUUCAAAAUGUACCAUGUCAUUAUCCGUUACGUCAUCAGUUAUUUGAUUGGUUGUUGCCGCCAAAGAACAAGAUUGAAGAGCAAGGCUCAAGUAUUUUUGUAACUUAUACAAAACUAUUUUCAAGAUGUCGUAAGGAUGUUCUUUCGUAUAUUCUUGUAAUUCUUACUCAACGACAAUGUUCAUGUUCUUUGCUUCAACCUCCACUUCAAAGAGCUUCGUGCAGUAAUUUUGACGAAAAAUUGAAGAGAAUUGAGACAAAUUACCUUGUCUCUUCUUUCGAUGAGAUGGUGGAGUCUUCGCUUGUCGACUCGAACACUUUAAAUAAAACACAAAGCUCGUCCGCUGUAAAUGAUACGGUUAGUGAGUUGUUGGAAUAUCUUGUUAAACGUUUGGUGGAAAUAUCUGAGAAAAUUAUGGAAUCAGAAGAGUGCUGUGGAUUAUCCUCAUCUCAAAAAUUUCAAUCUAUUGAUGGGAAAUGCGGAUUUUUUGCAAACUUUUGCAGUUUAAUGUCGAAACUUAUGGGAUUAAUGCUUCAUUUGAAAGUUUUCACUUUCGAAGAUCUAAAGAAAUCCUCGCUCUUUCUUGUUUCACAGAAUAUUUUUAAAGCUUUGUCUCAAGGAAUGUUUGAAUGCUCACGUCAUCCAAAUGAUUUAGAAAAAAACGCUCUCACUCAAUCCUUUGGGGACAUUUUAAAGGAUUUGUUUCUCUUUGAUUAUUUCUCCACGAACAUGAAAAAACAUUUUGAAGAGUAUUUUAAUGAAACUAUGAAAAUUUUGAGGUCUUUGAUGCCGAAGCAAAUGAUUAAUUGUAUGAUGAAUAUUGUCUUGGAAGAGAAUCGACAACAAAACAAAACACGAGUAGCUAUUGAUGUAUUUGAUGGAACAUUUGUUGAAUCAGAUGGAGUAGAGGAUGGGUUUGAAUCCACUGAUAAAUCUGCCACCCAAAAAUCCAAUCAAGAUUUUCAUUUAGAUAGUUUAUCUCGAAAUGAAAAGUUAAGACUUUGUUACAUGAAGAUCGUUAGCUUACUCUGCUCAUGCGCAGUAGAAGAAGAUGAAUCGUCACAUUGUCUUAGACCUCUGGAAGAUAAAAUUUUUGAUUUCUUUCGUUCAGCGAAGUUUGAUAUUCUGAAAACAUUUCAUUCAAAGUUGGUAAGCUCACGCGUUGUCACUAAGCGUUUUCUAUAAUAGCAAUUUUAGUAAUUUAUCAAUUUUUAAUGUAAAUUUUUAGUUCUUU